AUGGUUUUCAGAGACCCUUUGCAUGGACGGAUGUGCAUGGUCAGCCGCAUUUUCGGAGUUUUUCAGACGGCACGUAUUUUGGCACACACUCCGAGAUUAGCGAACCAGGUAAGCUAGAUUAUUUCUUGUUUUUGAUUGUAGAGAAACCUGUUAUGAAGUGUGAAGAAGCCAAAAUACUUUAGUAAAAUUGCGUCUCUGUAGCGAAUUGGUUUUGAAAUUUUUAUAGGAUCGUGCACAACGCAAACUUGUCUGACAUGAUUCCGCUUGAAAUGGUUUUUUCUAUUGAAUCACGAUGGAUCCGUAAUAUUAACUUUAGAAUUUUGUUUCAAAACAGUUAGAUGGCUCUUUUAGGUCGAAAGUUUAAACUAGAGGUCAACUGCACGUUCUUUUUGUCUUCACAGAUUGCUUCUAAUUUUCUGGCUCUUUGAUUUUCUCUAUAGCAGUUCAGCUAAAUAAAAGGAAAUUCAAUUUAAUUGAACUUUUACCAAAGUACUCCUUCAAAGCGGUGUUUCUUGAAUUUCUAAUUCUGUGGAUACUUUCAGCGUUCCCUCGGCGACUGGAGAAAUGGAGUUUUUCCAAAAGGUAAGAGGUUUUUAAAGCUUGGUUAGUGUUUUAGAUAAUGUUUUGAAAACAACUUAUUUCCGUAUGUUCGUUGCAAUUUCUGAUAACUCUAAACUGCUUUUGGUUCUUAUUCGCUCACGCUUUUUUGACCUUGCACUAAUUUUUGCUGCACUUUAUUAAGUAAGACGAAAUGCUGACCGUUAUUUUGCUGAAAAUAAUAUGUUGGGACUUCCAGGAGGGCUGAAAAGUUCGGAAAGGGAUUUGUUUGUUUUUUGGGUGAGAAGUUCCCAUUUCUCUGAAGACUUUCGCGGAUUCCAAUUUAAACCGGAUAAGUGGAUAUUUGGUCAGAGAACAGGAGUGUUGCUUUCUGUAGACCAUUUGAUCUAAACGUCAUUUGUCUUAUUUUGAAAUUGUUUCUUAUUUAUUUUCAGAUAGAUUUCAAAAGAAAUUGAUGCGUAGUAGUGGUCCGGGUGGUCAGAAUGUUAACAAAGGUGAGCAUCUUAUCUUUUGGAAUAAAAAUAUUUGUGUUAACCAUGAUCUAAUUCUUUCAGUAAAUACAAAAGUGGAGAUUCGAUUUGAUCUCAGGGGAUGCGAUUUCCUUCCCAGCUCAAUUUGUGAACGAAUGAAGGAGAAAUUUCCUUCAAGGUACACCAAAAAUGGAGAAUUCGUGAUAACAUCGGACGAAAUGAGGACGGCGGUGAGCAGAAUGUUCUUUAUUUAAUGAGCGAUUUGGAAGAGAUGGGGGUGAUUUGGGAGGGAAUUAUGCACAGGACGCGCUUCUUCCCUCCAUUUUGUUAUUACAUUGGGUUUCCUUUUAUAUUGCACAAGGCUGAUUUGAGAUCAGAAAUCUUGUUUGGGGUGUUAUUAUUAAUGUUUCAGGAGAAAAACGAAGAGAUUUGCUACACGAAAUUGCAGAAGAUGUUGUUAUUAGUGGAAGAGGAGCUGGAACGAGAGAACAGAGAACCAACGGACGAGGACAACAAGAUCUUGCAGUUAAGGUAGGUCAAGAACCUCACGAUUUAUUAGUUUUAGAAAAGAAAAGGCCGCUGAGGUUAGGAAAUUGGCCAAGGAAACCCAGAAAAUGAAGAGACGCUGGCGUUCCGAGCAAUUUUUUGACUGA